UGGGGCUGGGGCUGGGGUCCGGGGCUGGGGCUGAGCACGGCUCUCGGAGCGCCUCCGCACCUCCUCGUCCGCCGAAUGUGCGCAGCGAGGUGCUGAGCUGGGCGCUGUUCCCCGUGACUCGCUGCCAGGCGUUCCCGGUGGGUCUGGGGAGCGAACAUCCCAUCCUGCUCGCCCCGCUGGGUGCUGUGCAAGCACACAGGGAUCGCUCCCCGCUGUCCCCGGCAGCUGUGCGAGGUGGUGUAAGCCAGCCCUGGGGGCUUGAAUCCGGCAGCAUCGCAGCAGGUAGCGCCUGAGGAUUGCGAAGAGCUGAGGCUUUCCCCGGCCCCAAAGGAACCGGAGUAAUACCAGGACUUAUUUUGAAGGUGAAGCUGGGACACGGGGCACGUGGCUCCUGCACUGCAAUGACCACCAGACAGUUUAGAAUGACCCCAUGAGCCCGGAAGGCCAUCUCUGCCUCCUACCUGCCGGAGGCAGCCCCACGCUCAGCCUCGCAGAGUCCCUUGGGAGGCCACAAGCUGCAGACCCGCCGUGCGGCCGGAGCCCCGCACCUCCCGCACCUCCUGCACCACCUGCCCAGCAGCAGCCGCACGCUGGAGCCCUGCCUGCUUCCAGACACGUGGCAGCAGCAGCCAUGGCCGCAGCUACCUGCUCGGACAUGACUCGUCUUUUUUUCUUUUCUUUUUUUUUUUUUUCCUGAAAUGUUGCAGGAAGCUGGACUUCUUCCAGUGUAAACAAGCAGGGAGAGGAAAGAAUGGCCCAGUGCAGCACAGCCCGAGCACAGCACAGCUCGCAGGACCCUGAGGACGCGCUGAUAGCGAGGACUGGCAGGACUGGUUGCAGCUCUGCAGAGAGCUCAUGGGCUCAUUUAUGCUGGGAAAGACUCUGCAAAGUGACUGUGGCAUGGCUUUUCUUUCUCCCGAAAACUCCCGCAGAAACUUUCUGCAUUAAAUGCCCCAGAUGGGCGAAGACUUCCCCAGCCCCGGGAGCCCCAGCUGAGCUCUUACAGAGGCUUCUGGCCCAGCCCAGCCAUGAGCUUCGUGUGGGUUGGGGACGUGAGUCGGGCUGCGGCAGGAUGUACGCCAAGAGCUCCCACCUCAAGGCCCGCUGCCGUCGGCACAGCGAGGAGAAGCCCUACCCGUGUGCUUGGCCCAGCUGCGGCUGGCGGUUCUCCGGCUCAGAUGAGCUCUCCUGGCACAAGCGCUCCCACUCCGGUGUCAGGCCGUACCGGUGCACCGCCUGCGAGAAGAAGUUUGCCCGCAGCGACCAUUUAGCCACACACGUGAAGAUCCCCUGGGGCCAGCCGGCAGCCAGCGGACGCUUCGGGGAGGCAGCAGGAGUUAGGUCUGGAGGCUGAGCCUUGCACGGACGAGCCCAGGAGGCAUAAAACAGCAAUGAAGAGGGGGAAAAGACUUUCUUUAACAAGCUGUGGAAGAUCCAGUGUUACACUUCUUUUCAAGGAUGUGUGUACUUCUGUUCUGCCUGUGUUCAGGGCCUGUUUCUUUUAAAUAUUCUUUUAAAUCCCUGUGAUGGAAUCUACCUUAAUUCAGGGUGUGAGCAUCCCGUGGGCUGCUGCAGCCGCCACUCACGCUCUGGGGCAAACUCAUUGCCGAGGCACCCAGAGAGGGCGGCCGGGGCUGUUUGUGUGCUGGGGGGACCGGAGGCAGAUGUUGGAGGCAGCUUUUCCUUUGUGGUCGAGGUGGAGGCUGCGUUGUCUCUACCCCUGCCCUCCCGUGGCGGUGGUUUUGCACCUGACCGGCACCGGGUGCGCUGGGGUCCCUGGGGAGUGCGACGUUACCACGGUGGUGUGAACAGUGGUGCGUGCUGAAGGGGGGUCAGGGGAAACGUAAGCAGCACCAGUAAGGUCCUUUUUUCACUUGCUGGCAUGGAAAUACCUACGGAGAGACGCCGCUGCGUGUGGCCCCGCAGCAGGGCUGCACGCAGCGGUCGAGGGGAGCAGAGCAGCUUGCAGGGUGCUGACGUCCUCUUUGUGUUUGCCUUCUGGUUAAUUAAAGGCCAGCUCUUUGCUGCGGUGCCAACUUCCCAAGCUUUUGCAAACAUCUGGGAGGGAAUUAGCUGCUUGUACAAACAGAGAAGAAACGUCAGGAGGUUGAGCUGGGCAGCGUGCCCUUUGCGGAGCCAGGCAGUGCGCCCUUCCUGCGUGGCUCUGCCAGCAUGUCUCUACUGAUGUUUAGUGCCCGCAGGCUCUUUCAACCCAGGUGUGCUUCUGCCGUUACCCCGGUGCUCUUCCAGGGCAGGACUUCGUGCACUUGUCUCAAGAUGCUCUUGGGCUGGCUUUGGUGAGGAGAGUUGGGGUGUACCCAGAAUUAGGGAUGGGAGGUGGGCUAAGCUCUGUCCCCCAGCCUGCGGAGGGCAGGAUGGCACAGCAGACCGGGUCGUUCUCUGGUCCCUGGAGCCCUUUCUGAGCUAUGACUGUGGGGAAGGAAAAACCUUGCUGGUGGGGAUGGAUGUGGCGUCUUGCUCUAAGGGUUGGCACAAGCAUCCCUGAACGAGACCCCAAACUUCUGUGUGAGGAACGUGACCCUGCAGAGCAGUUUGAAACCCUUCCUGGUGACGGCGUCGCAUGGCCGGAGAUGUUUGGUGCUGGUGGCUGCUCCCCCCUCGGCGCAGUGACCGGAGCUGUGCCGGCUCUGUCGGGAAGCCACCCCAGUGCCACUUUGGGGACAGAAGGAGCAAGGGAGCCUGAAGUCCUCGUCUGGUUCCUCACCCGGAGUAUUUGGGGAUACGAGCACCACAGGGAGGGGUCUGCUUCCCCUACGUCUUUGGCCCCAAUAAACAGCAAAGGUUUCUCUAAAAUGGAAACUUCAGCGUGCAGAAAAGAUGUUUCCACAGAGGAGGAACAUCGCUGAAGCCGGCUUGGGUUCUGGGUUCCAGUUGUACCAUCCAGCCAGCAGCAGCUGAAGGGAGGCUCGCUGGCCAGCCUCCAGCCUCAGCCUCGCGGGGCACCGACACGUGCCUCCCCCGGCUGCGAGGCUGCACCGAGCCACGGCCAGCGGACCUGCAGUUCGCUUUCCAACGAGCCGGCGUGCCCGGGUUGCGUGUUUCUUGGAGAACACCUGCGUUGCUUGCUUUCCUAGUCCCCAGGCGGGAGAGCAGGAUUUACGACAGGAAUAGCUGGAGCCACGCUGCUCGACUUCAGCGCCAAGCUUUCCCCAGAGCUCUGGGAGGGCUGGAUUCUGGAUCCCAGCGUAAACUCCUUCAUCCUUAGCUCGUGAGCGGGUAGGUGUGGAUAACUGAGCGGGAAGUAGCUGCCUGCAGCGGGGUUUCUUUCCCGUGGAAGCGUGUAAGAGCUGCGCCCCUUGUGCUGGCUCUUUGGCCAGAGCUCCCCGCUCUGCCCUGGCCAGGUGUCACCAGGUGCCAGCAAGAAACGCAGCCCGAGCUCACGCAAUGCCGAGCCUUUAAUGACGAGCCAGAGGAGACAGGUAUGCCAGAGCCUAUUUUUGGUUGCCUUUUGUGUUAGUGGAUUUUUGCCUGACCAGGAAUUUACUUCAUGCCCUCUUCCCUCGAGGGCUCUCUUCAGAGGCCGCACGCCAGCAUGACUCACGCCCGUCUCAUGCUUUCAUCUGUCCCCCUUUGCUCCUCUCCCUCGCUCCAGACUCUUUCACAGCACACUCCCUGUUCUCUCCGGACCUGCCCCGUCCUGUCUCCCUCCGCUCCCAGCCGAAGGCGACUGGGGAGGUUGCAUGUUUCCAAACCGGAGCGAGGAGAGCUGCCGUGCCUCUUCCCAGGCCCUUCUCCCUUCUCCAGCAGUUGUUUGCUGAGCAGCUCCGGCAGAGCCCGCGCCGCUGCUGGGGUGGAUCCCCCGUCAAGGACAGGGCUGGGAGCGCUGGCGGCUUGCUGCUUACCUGCUUUGUUUUGCCAUUCCUUUUAAACAGACCGCAAAGGGAGGGGAGAGAUUUUUGUAAAAUAAAAUACCCUAGAUACA